AUGAAAUCUGUCGAACGUAAAUUUGCUGCUGCACAUGCUGCAUUGGGCUUGUAUGAAGUGAUGAGAGAACGUGCWGAUCUAAGCUAUGAUUUAAUUACUUGGAAUGAACAAGGAAGUCGAAAAAUUGUUGUUGCAGCUAAGAACACUAAUGAACUUAUUAAAGUGUGUUCAGAAGGAAAAAUACUCAAAAUCCCAUUUUUCUGUGUUCAUGAUGCAGGUUUAACUGAAGUAGAACCCAAUUCAUUCACUGCAUUGGCUUUUUUUGGAUCUGAUCAAGAACUAAAGCCUGUUACCGGAAAACUUAGACUAUUGAAAUGAAUAAAAUAUAUGUUUUGGAGAACA